AUGAUAAAAAAUAUUCUAUUGAUCAUUGGAAUAGAACUUCUUUUUAUUUUAAUCGAUCAUUGUCAAGCAUUGAAUAAUACAGAUUCAACAGAAAAUAUAACUGAAAUUAUUCAAUCUAAACCAUUUGUUUAUUACGGUCGCUACCAUCAGCGACGUUCUCGUCAUGAUUAUUCAUCUAAUGAUGUAACAUCUGAUAUUAAUACAAUCGGUAAGAUUCUUUCAAUUCUUCCGGAUGGUUUUGGUGCUAUUAUUGGCCAAAUCGUGUCAGCAAGUCUUAAAGAAAUCGUUGGUCCCAAUGUUGGGAAUAAAAUUUUAAAGAUUCUUGAAAACCAAACACCAUCACUAUUAACAUCACUUUUUACUAAUAUUUUGAACAGUUUUCGUUCUCCAAUGCGUUCAUCAACGGGGAAUACUACGCGUCUAAUCAAUAAAAGUAUUCCUAAAUCAUCCAAUAAUAGUUCAAUAUCAACAUUCAUGAAUUUCAUACGACGUCCUAGAACCAAAUAA